UCGCUCCCGCAACUCGGCCUCUUGGCGGCGAUCCCGGCCUACACGAUUUACCACCGGACUUGGCGAUCAGUCUCCACGGAAUCGGACGACGCGCUGCGCGGAAAGUGUCCACCUCCCGCCUCCUGUAGAAAAGGAUAGUCUGGGUCGACCAGACCUGCCUCGCACACAUCAUGGUCGAAGAAAAAUACAUUGGCCUGAUGCUGGCCAUAUCCUCGUCGUUAGCAAUCGGCACAAGUUUCGUCCUUACAAAGAAGGGUCUGAACGACGCGGAAAAACGGCACGGCUAUACUGGUGAUGGCUUUUCGUACUUGCGAAGCUCGACGUGGUGGGGGGGCAUUUCCACGAUGGUCCUCGGAGAAAUCGCCAACUUCGCUGCAUACGCCUUCGCGCCAGCUAUUUUGGUCACGCCUCUGGGAGCUCUGAGUGUGUUGAUAGGUUCGGUGCUGGGGGCUUACUUCCUUGAUGAGAAGCUCGGGACUCUAGGAAAGAUUGGCUGCGCCAUCUGUCUGAUUGGCUCCGUUAUCAUUGUGCUUCAUGCACCUCCGGAUAAGGAAGUGGUGAAUGUGGAUGAGAUCCUUCAUUUUGCACUUCAGCCAGGCUUCCUCUUCUAUUGCGUGUCUGUCACGGUCUUUUCGAUUUUCAUGAUCUACAAGAUUGCGCCAAGAUACGGACGCAACAACCCGCUCAUCUACCUUUCCAUCUGCUCAACCGUUGGGUCACUCUCCGUCAUGGCCGUCAAGGCCUUCGGCAUUGCGCUGAAGAAGACCUUGGGCGGAGACAACCAAUUCACGUAUCCCAGUACUUACGUUUUCGCUAUCGUGGUCAUUGUCUGCGUUUUGACCCAGAUGAACUAUUUCAACAAGGCCCUGAGCCAGUUCUCUACCAACAUCGUCAACCCGCUGUACUAUGUCACUUUCACCACUUUUACUCUCGUCGCUUCCUUUAUCCUCUUCCGUGGCUUCAACACCACUUCUGCCGUCAACACCAUCUCGCUCCUCUGCGGUUUCCUCGUCAUCUUCAGCGGUGUCUACCUCCUCAACCUCUCGCGUUCUGACCCCGAUGGGAACGGCUCCUUGGCCAACAAAUUCGGCGAUGCUGUCCCUACCGAUGGCAUUGCGACCUUCCAGACGCGGCGGAGCAUGCAAGCACGGCGCUCCUCGGUCUCAGUGGGCGAUCGUGAGGGACUGAUGCGCGACUACGAUGAUUUGGAGGCGAAUACGUUUGGCUUAGGUGACUUGGCGGACGACAGCGACGAGGAAAGCGGCAGCGGCAAGAAGCGCACCAGCUUCGAGGACCCCCGGAUAAGCCAGAGUGCGAGGCGCUCCGGCUCGCGUUCUGGCUCGCGACCUAACUCGCGACCUACCUCUCGGCCCAGCAGCACCACACCCUCUGGUAGCAGGACCAGAGGCGUGAAGAUGGAGAAGGUGCGCGCUAAUAAGAAGAGCAUCGAUCGGUAAUGAUUCCCGGCCAUUGCCUGUAGGGGCACCAUAACAACAGGCGCAGCGCUGGAGGUUCGCCGCCUGCUUGGAACCACGGAGCAUCGCAGCGGCUUCAGGUUCAACCGUCUUUUAUUUUCUGCCCGAGACGGCUAUUUAUUCGUUUCUUUAUGUUUACGUCCGCGACUGGCCUUCUGCGGGCGUUUUUUCAACACUUGACGAUUGGGAUGCAAAGAAAGUGCGGGGCCACGGCGUUCUGU